AUGACAAGAGGUGGAAGGCAUGGGAGACGCCAAACCGGCCAGGGUGUGGCAUACUCAAUGCAACCUCUCCUACACAGUUACGGGACCCCAUAUCCGGUAUAUCCGAGACCUAUUGCUUCGGUGUCACCUGGUUUGAUGCCUUCUCCACAUGGCUUUGUACCCCUGGCGCAUGAUGGGUUUCCUCCCAGCUCGUUCUUGCGUCAGCAGCCGUCGGGCCCCCCUCCCCUCUGGAGUCCUGGACCGAUCCCUGACUACUAUGACCAGUAUGAAGAUCCUGGGAUGAGGAGGAACGGAAACCAGCUCCCCAACACAUUUCCCCCGAGACAGCCUUCUCUACCUUCUCAACCAACCCAGGGCUACCCAAGCCAACAUGCUCGACCUGUCCAGCCCAUCCCACAAAUCCUGCCUGGUCAGCCGUUUCCCCCGUCCCAGUCCGUUCAACCGCUACCACAAUUUCAGCCAUUUCACCCUAUCCUACCAGGUCAUUCUACCCGAUCAAGUCAAAACAACCAGCCGUUCCAGCCCCCUCCCCAUCUUCGACCUGCCCCAUCCGUUCCAUUUUAUCCAUAUCAACCUGUUGCUGCACCUGCUGUGCCCUGCGUCGCUCCGGUAUCUUACUACCCAGCAUAUCCGGCAUAUCCAUAUCAGCAACCCCCAUACCAGCAAUACCCAUACCCUGCGAAUGGUACGGGAGGAGGCCAUAUACCGGAGACAGCAAUCAAUCACACGGGAACUCAAUUCCGGGACCCUCAACUUCGCGGUGACGCCCCUGAGUUUUUCCCAAUCCGUCAGAGGGCGAGGAGGUCGACGGGAGACAAGUAUAUGAUUAUCGCCAGCCCGUGA